GUCGGCGACCUCACACAGCUUCCACCGCAGAACAGAACAAGAACUCCAGCAAACGCUGCGAACAAAAAUUACCCACGCCCACGCCCAUCUCCCUUCUGUCGCCAAGCAGACUCUCUCACCUUCCGUCCCCUCAAAAACAAACAUGUCUUCCUCCCGGAUAGAAGAGCUUCCCGACGACGAGGUCGUUACCAAGCCCACCGUCGAGGAUGCCGCUGAGAGCUCAGAGUCCGAAGCUGAGGGUGCCGAGGAGCCCAUCAUCCCUGGUGGCGCUGCUGUCACUGUCCACUCCCGUAACGAGAAGAAGGCCCGAAAAGCCAUUGGCAAGUUGGGCUUGAAGCACGUCCCUGGCAUCACUCGUGUUACUCUCCGCAGACCGAAGAAUAUUCUCUUCGUCAUCAACCAACCAGAUGUCUACCGAUCCCCAUCUAGCAACACCUGGAUCAUCUUCGGUGAGGCCAAGAUCGAGGACCUGAAUUCCCAGGCUCAAGCCUCCGCUGCUCAACAGCUUGCCGCCGAGGCCGCUAGCAACGAGCACGCCGGCCACGACCACGCUGGUCACGACCACGGCAAGGGCAAGGCCGUCGAGGGCGCUGAAAAGAAGGAGGAAGAGGAGGACGAUGGGGAGGAGGUUGAUGACACCGGGCUGGAAGCCAAGGACAUUGAGUUGGUUAUGGCUCAAGCGUCUGUGUCGCGGAAGAAGGCUGUCAAGGCCCUCAAGGAGAACGAUAACGAUAUAGUCAACUCUAUCAUGGCUCUGAGUGUAUGAUCUCAGCAUAUAUAGCUGGCUGAUUUCUUGCCUUGUUUCUCCUUUUCCUUCUUCUCGCUCUACUUUUUGAGUUAUUUAGCAAAAAAAUUUACAAUCUUACACAACAGCCCUGGCCUCUUUUCGUGAUGAUUUUGUCUUUUUAUUCCCUGUAUGGUUUUGGUAAAGAAAUGCAAAAUGGGGACUCAAAGUGGACAGCCUUAUGUUAUGAAACGAAUUAACAAAACAUUACCCAGGCCUCCCUCCAUGUAUGUAGUUUUAAUUAUAUCCGGACCGGCUGCGUCCCCAAUAUCAAUUCAGUGCUCUUAUUCCUUUCCC